AUCAACAUAUACUAUGAGGCCUUCACUUUCAUUUUCAUGCUUUCUUCUCAUCGUAGCUCUUGUCCAAUUCAUUGCCUUUUCUUCCUCGUCUGAGCAGCCAUCAGUGCUUUGUCACAGCGAUGAGCGUCGUGCUUUGAUGCAGUUCAAGGAGAGCUUCAUCAUCGACAAGCAUGCUUGUUCUGCUACUUCGUCUUCUUAUCCUAAGGUUGAUAGUUGGGAUUCACAAGGUGUGGAUUGCUGUUCAUGGGAUGGCGUAGAGUGUGACCAAAUGACCGGUGUCGUGAUAGGCCUUGACCUCAGCAGUGGUUGCCUUUACGGCUCCAUCAAUUCCUCCAACAGUCUCUUUCGCCUCCUUCACCUUCAAAAGCUUAACCUGGCUUUCAAUGAUUUCAAUCACUCUCUGAUUCCCUCUGCGUUGGGCAAUCUUUCCAUGCUCACGUAUCUUAACCUGUCUAGUUCUGUAUUUUCUGGUCAAAUACCCUCAGAAAUUUCAAAGCUCUAUAGGCUAUCUUCCCUGGAUCUCUCAAAUAAUCAAGAGUUUAACCCUUUUCGAAGGUUGUUGGAACUCAAAGAGCCAGAUUUGAAUAAUUUGAUACAGAAUUUAACAAACUUGGAGAAGCUUCAUCUGUCGUACGUAGAUAUGGCUUCUCCGGUUCCCAGUGUGUUGGCCAACUUUUCGAAGCUCACCUCCCUUUAUCUCGAGGGUUGUGGACUGCAGGGCAUGUUUCCAUCAGCCAUUUUCCAGCUUCCCAAGCUUGAAACUAUUUGGCUGUUACACAAUCAUGUUCUCACAGGUUACUUGCCAGAGUUCAGUUUCAGCAACAAUCUUAAAACGUUGGCGUUGUGGAAUACAAGCUUUUCUGGUGAGUUACCUGCAUCAAUUGAGAACCUUGAUUCCAUGGAAUUCUUGGGACUUGGUCACUGCAACUUCACAGGGUUAGUGCCAUCUACAUUGGGUAAUCUCCCCAAUCUCAAGUUCCUGGAUCUUGCAAUCAAUUCUUUUAGGGGGUCAGUAUCGCCGACGCUGGCUAAUCUCACCAAGCUCGAUUAUUUGGAUCUUGGUAGUAAUUAUUUUACAGGUUUUAUUCCUCCUGAGCUGACCAACCUGACCCAACUCACUGAUUUGGACCUGCAACAGAACAUGUUACAAGGAUCAGUUCCAAGCUCACUUUUUCGACUGUGA